ACAGUUUCACCAGAUAUGGAUGACACAACUACAUCAGCUUUUCCAGAAGACCACGCCACGACUGAAUUUCAAAAAGAAAGAAAUAAAACGUCAGCGAAAUGGAAUGUCAUCAGUGGUAGUGAUGAAGUCUCGAAAGAAAAGACAGUGAAUUAUACUAACGAAAUAUUGGAUAACAAGAUACGUGACAAUACAAAACAAACCCCCUCCAGGGAGACUUCAACUAAAACCCCUAUACAUUCUCCUUCUUUUAAAACUACUACUUUCACCACUACUACUGAUACUAUAUUUAAUAUUAUAACAACAAAAAGUAGUGAAUAUGAUAAUACCACAGAAAACAGGUUUGAUCCUUUGUUAGAAAGAGCAGUUUCUCCGCAAUUAGAAAGGGAGAUACACACAAGAACAGGUGGUAGUGCACUAGAACGUACUGAUUUAGAACAGCAAAAAGCCCAGAAACGAAACCUUUUAAGAAAUGGUGAUGAGGCACAGAUUGUUUUUGCCUUCCAUGUGUCAUCAACAAUACAGACGGACGAGGCAAAUUUACUGAAACAGUUUUUCAAUGAUGUACUGCGCAGGGCGGAUAUUGAAAGCGGAAAACUAAAGGUUGCUAUUAUAGGAUACAGCGAUCAAGCGACAACUUAUGUCAACUUUUCAAGAUCGAUGUCAAAAAGCGAUUUGUUAUCUUCCAUUGAUUAUGCAGUCGACAGAGAGAGGGCUUUUGCGGGAAGGACAGUUAAUGCUGCUUCGGUAUUUGACGCAGUAUCUAGAAUUCUUCCACAAGACGAAACUCCCAAAGCAUUGUUUUUCAUAACAGACCAACAGUCAACUGUUAAUGCUGAUAACCUGAUGGAAAAUCGAAUGAAAAGAAAACUAGAAGAUGUUAAUCUAAUGGAGAUUUUCAGUGUUGCUGUUGGGACUUACUCUAAGGAUGAACCAGCCGCCCUGGCUUCAACUGCCGAUAAUGUUUUGAGUGUUUCCGAAUACUCACGCUUACCACGAGUUAGUGAGGACAUAGUUCGAAGACUCAGAAUAUUCCGGGCUUUGUCUGAUGUGACUCCUGAUUUAAAAGAUCAGAUGAUAUCUACAACACCACCACAACAAGAGUAUGUUAUCACCUCACCACCUCCUCCGCCUCCUACAAUCUUCACAUCUUCAAAAAUUUCUGCACCUACUGGACCUUCAAAACAGAAAGUUUGCAGUGAAAAGGUGGAUCUUAUUUUCGUUCUCGACUCUUCAACCAGUGUUGGACAGGACAACUUCGACAAGAUGAAAACAUUUGUCAAGACAUUUUUGCAUUCAGCGGAAAUAGAUGCAGGAGAUGUUCGAAUUGGGAUAUUGUCGUAUAGCACUGUUGUCACCAUUGAAUUCCAUUUAGAUGAAUACAAAACCAAGCAGAGCGUGCUUGAUGCUAUUGAUGAGAUUCCAUGGAGAUAUGGAAGCACCAAUACUGCUGAUGCUUUGCAGACAAUGCACGAAACAAUGUUCACUGCUUUGCAUGGAGAUAGAAUAGGUGUUACAAAUGUCGCUAUCGUGAUCACAGAUGGAGUUUCGAAUAUCAACAGUCGAAGAACUCUGUCAGAAGCAAAGGAUGCCAAAGAGAAAAACAUUCAUAUCUACGCCAUUGGAAUUGGGCUAACAGAUAUGCAGGAGGUUAACGGAAUAGCAUCAUUUCCACCUGCUUCUAACGCUUUUGCUGUGAAAAACUUCGACGAACUUGAAGGACUUGACGAGACUAUUUUCCAGUCUAUUUGCGAAAGUGUAGUUACACGGCCACAAACAACACCUGCUCCAACAACGACUAUUCCAGUGUGCUUUGACAUGGCGGAUGUUGUGUUUGUCCUGGAUUCUUCAGAGAGUGUGAAGCCGGAAGAUUUUGAAAAGGUGCUUUACUUCUGCAAAAAACUUUUAAAUCAACUGAAUAUUAACAGUGGUGAUGUACACGUUGGAUUAUUAACAUUCAGCUCAAAAUCUUGGGUAGAAUUUCACCUUAACGAUUAUCGUACAAAAGAAGAACUGGAGCAAGCUAUUGAUAAUAUACCUUGGCGUUAUGGACCGAUAAAUACAGCUGCAGGAAUCCGCACUAUGCAUCAAGAUAUGUUUACUCCUGCAAAAGGGGAUAGACCUAAUGUCCCGAAUAUAGCCAUCGUUAUAACAUACGGCCCAUCUAUCAACCCAAAGAGUACAAGUCAAGAGGCAAUGAUUGCCAAGUCAAAAGGAAUACAUAUUUAUGCAGUCGGUUUAGGUUCAGAUGAUAUUUAUGCAGAGCUUAAUACUAUAGCGUCUGAACCUUUUGGGAAGAAUGCAUUUUUCGUUUCUUCAUUUUCUCAAUUAGAUGGACUGGACGAUGAAAUAGUUGCGUCCUCUACAUGUCCAGAGCCCACUUUUGAAGUGGGCUAUGAUAUUGUUUUCCUUGUGGAUUCUUUCGGAGUAUCAAGGAAGAUUUUUGAAGACAUGAAAACUUAUCUUUAUCAAAUAAUUGACAUGUUCAGCAUCAAUGAUGGAGAAUACAGAACUGGUCUUGCUCAAUACAUACAAAGAAACAACUUUUCAACCAAAUGGCAUCUGAACAGAUACAAUACAAAAAGUGAUAUUCUUUCUGCCGCCUUCAGUAUUCCAUUUGUUCAAGGAUCCGGAGAGCGACAGAUUGGAAAUGGAAUAGAUUAUGUCAGACAGAAUAUGUUCACAGAGCAAAAUGGAGACAGAGUCAUUGGCAGAAACCUUAUUAUAUUGCUCACCGGUGCAAAUAAAAGUGAUAACGUAUAUGAAUCUUAUCGGGCAGCUGAGCGCGCUGAAGAUGCUGGAAUAAAUUUGUAUACCGUUGGAUUUUAUGUUGGUGAAACACAGGAAUUAAAACAAAUUAGUACGUGGCCCCUGCAAACAUAUAACUAUAUGGUGAAUUCUGCGAGAGAUAUUGCUACCUCUCCAGCAAGCUUAUUCAAUUCAAUUCAAGAACAAAGUGAACCUCGUCGGCAGAGACCUUUACCACCUGCCACAUCAACUGCAGCUUUAACUGGGAGCUCAUGCUUUGCAAAAGUGGAUUUGAUAUUUAUUUUGGACUCUUCCACAAGCGUUGGACAAGACAAUUAUGAUAAGAUGAAACUAUUUAUUAAGAAGUUUUUGCACACCGCCAACAUUGACGGGGGUGAAGUACGUGUCGGUGUAGUCUCCUAUAGCACUACAACAACAGUGGAAUUCCAACUCAACACUUACAACACCAAAGUUGCCGUAUUUGAGGCUGUAGACAAAAUUCCGUGGCGAUAUGGAAGCACAAACACGGCAGACGGUCUUCAGAUCAUGCACAAUGAAAUGUUCACAGCACGCAAUGGUGAUAGGCCCGAUGUUCCAAAUAUAUGUGUGAUAAUGACUGACGGCGUCUCUAACAUCAAUUACCAAAGAACCAUCCCCGAAGCUGAGGCUGCACGCCAGAAGGGUAUUCAUAUCUAUGCUAUUGGUAUUAACUUGAAAGAUGUGGUAGAACUGAAUGGAAUAGCCAGUCAACCAGCCAGCGUCAAUGCAUUUGCUGUGAACACAUUUGAUGAAUUAGAGGGCUUAGACGAGAAAAUUUUUGAAUCCGUGUGCCCAGUUACCACAAUCAUCCCAACUACAACAAAAGUUGAAUCAGGAUAUGACGUUAUAUUCAUGUUUGAUUCAUCAGUAUCCAGUCAAGCACUGUUUGAAGAAAUGAAAAAUUGGGCGAUUCAAUUGACAAGCAAACUGAAUAUCGAUGAUCAGGAAUAUCGAAUCGGCUUCAUGAGAUAUAGUACAGACGCAGAAGCCCUCACACAGCUGAACAAGUAUAAGAAAACAGACGAUUUAAUUCGUAGCAUGUUAGCAAUGAACUACAGACCUGGCGAAAGUAAUCUACAAAAUGCACUCGACACAGUCACUCUCAACAUGUUCAGAGACGACAAUGGAGACCGAAAUUUUGCUAGAAACUUAAUUGUUUUACUAACGGGUGUGGACCAAAGUUCGAAUCCAUAUGACGCUUUCCGGGCUGCAGAAAGAGCUGAAGCUCUAGGAAUAAACCUGUAUACUGUAGGGUUUUACCUGAAUGAUACGUUUGAAAUUAAUGAAGUAUCAACACAUCCUCUUUCCAAAUACCGAUACUUAAUAAAAAAUAGAAGAGACCUCCAAAGCACUAUGAAUUCUUUAUCCAGAUCUAUUGAUAAGAACAUACAACCACGAAGAGGAAGGCCGUAUCCAACGACAACGACUACUACAACUACAACCACCACAACUCCACCACGCGACUCUGGAUAUGAUGUUGUCAUCAUGAUGGAUUCUUCAGUUCCACAGAGAAUUUUCGACUCCAUGAAAAAAUAUGCCAAAUCUCUGGUCAAUCGAUUUAACAUUGAUGAUAAAGAAUACACGGUGGGCUUUAUGAGAUAUGGAGAAUCAAACGAUAAGCAAUGGGAUCUGAAUGACUAUACUUCGAAAAAGGACAUUGUUUCUGCUGUUGAUCGCGUGGGUCAUAAAAUGGGAACAUCAUCUGAUGCAGCAAGUGCCAUCCGUAUGGUACGACGUAGAAUGUUCAAUGAAAGAAAUGGCGAUCGAGACUUCGCAAGAAAUCUCAUUUUCCUUAUGACAGCAAAUGAGAGGAGUGAUGAUAUUUAUGCCACAUGGAAUGAAGCAGAACAAGCAGAAAAAGAAAAUAUUAACUUGUAUACUGUUGGUUUUGACUUAGACGAUACAACGGAAAUUAACGAGACUUCAACCCACCCUCUCUCCAUUUAUCGUCAUCUCAUUAAUACAAAGGAAGGUGAUGAUGCUAUAGACAAGUCCACUGGUGAUAUUCUCGGGUUAAUUGACGAAGAUGUAGAACCACCAAGACCGAGACCAAAACCUACAACUACUACUACCACCACCACAACUACUACUACAAUGAUGCCAACGACAAUAAAUCAAUGUUUCGCAAAAGUGGAUUUGGUUUUCAUUCUGGAUUCGUCUACUAGCGUGGGCAACGAUAACUACGACAAAAUGAAAGUAUUCCUCAAAAAGUUCCUUCACUCUGCAAACAUAGAUGGUGGGGAGGUGAGAGUCGGUCUUGUGUCUUACAGUACCCAAGUUACUGUAGAAUUCCAGCUCAACACUUAUAAUACAAAAGCAGAGUUGUUUGAGGCCGUUGAUAAUGUUCCUUGGAGAUAUGGAAGCACAAACACCGCCGAUGGACUGAAAACAAUGCACGAAGAAAUGUUCUCGGAAGCCAAUGGUGACAGACCAGGUGUUCCCAACAUAUGCAUCAUCAUGACUGAUGGUGUAUCCAAUAUCAAUUAUCAAAGAACGAUUCCUGAGGCAGAAAAAGCCAGAGAAAAGGGCAUACAUAUUUAUGCCAUUGGUAUUGCACUUAAGGAUUUGAAGGAAGUAAAUGGAAUUGCUAGCCAGCCUGCAAGUGUGAAUGCGUUUGCAGUUGAUUCCUUUGAUGAACUAGAAGGUUUAGAUGAGAAGAUCUUUGAAUCUGUCUGUCCAGUAACAACUACAGUCAUGCCUACCACAACAAAACCUCGGGACACUGGAUAUGAUGUUGUAGUCUUGCUAGAUUCUUCCGUAGAUGAUAGAAGAAUAUUUAAUCAAAUGAAAGACUUUGCCACAAAUCUUGUGGAUAAUCUCAGUAUUGAUGAUGAAGAGUAUCGCAUUGGUCUCGUACGUUACAGCGGGGAUUCAGAUACAUUUGUUCAUUUAAAGGACCUCGAUACCAAACAAAAAGUAGUGGAAAAAAUUAAAGACAUUUCAUACAAACCCGGCGAAAGUAACCUACAAGAUGCUCUAGACAUUGUGAACUUCGAGAACUUCCAGGAGGACAAUGGAGACAGAGACUUUGCACGAAACUUAAUUGUUUUACUGACUGGUGUAGAUCAGAGUACGGAUCCUUAUGAGGCGUUCCGGGCAGCAGAACGUGCUGAAGAUGAGGGGAUAAACAUUUAUACCGUAGGAUUUUACAUAAACGACACAUUUGAGGUCGAUGAGGUUCCCACACAUCCACUCAGUACAUAUAGAUAUUUGAUUACAAGAAAAGAGGACAUCAAAGCAGUUCCAAGAAGGCUAGCUUAUUCGGUUGAUAAUAUACUUCGCCCGAGAAGAGACAGACUUUUACCUACGACUACAACUACGACAACAACAACUACAACCCCACCACGCGACUCUGGAUAUGAUGUUGUCAUCAUGAUGGAUUCUUCAGUUCCACAGAAAAUCUUUAACUCCAUGAAAAAAUAUGCCAAAUCUCUGGUCAAUCGAUUCAACAUCGAUGACAAAGAAUACACGGUGGGCUUUAUGAGAUAUGGAGAAUCAAACGAUAAGCAAUGGGAUCUGAAUGACUAUACUUCGAAAAAGGACAUUGUUUCUGCUGUUGAUCGCGUGGGUCAUAAAAUAGGAAGAUCAUCUGAUGCGGCAAGUGCCAUUCGUAUGGUACGACGUAGAAUGUUCAAUGAAAGAAAUGGCGAUCGAGACUUCGCAAGAAAUCUCAUUUUCCUUAUGACAGCAAAUGAGAGGAGUGAUGAUAUUUAUGCCACAUGGAAUGAAGCAGAACAAGCUGAAAAAGAAAAUAUUAACUUAUACACUGUAGGUUUUGACUUAGACGAUACAACAGAAAUUAACGAGACUUCAACCCACCCUCUCUCCAUUUAUCGUCAUCUCAUUAAUACAAAGGAGGGUGAUGAUGCUAUAGACAAGUCCACUGGUGAUAUUCUCGGUUUGAUUGAUGAAGAUGUAGAACCACCAAGACCGAGACCAAAACCUACAACUACCACCACCACAACUACCACCAUGAUGCCAACUACAACAAUAAAUCAAUGUUUCGCAAAAGUGGAUUUGGUUUUCAUUCUGGAUUCGUCUACAAGCGUGGGCAACGAUAACUACGACAAAAUGAAAGUAUUCCUCAAAAAGUUCCUUCACUCUGCAAACAUAGAUGGUGGGGAGGUGAGAGUCGGUCUUGUGUCUUACAGUACCCAAGUUACUGUAGAAUUCCAGCUCAACACUUAUAACACAAAGGCAGAGUUGUUUGAGGCCGUUGAUAAUGUUCCUUGGAGAUAUGGAAGCACAAACACCGCUGAUGGACUGAAAACAAUGCACGAAGAAAUGUUCUCGGAAGCCAAUGGUGAUAGGCCAGGUGUUCCCAACAUAUGCAUCAUCAUGACUGAUGGUGUAUCCAAUAUCAAUUAUCAAAGAACGAUUCCUGAGGCAGAAAAAGCCAGAGAAAAGGGCAUACAUAUUUAUGCCAUUGGUAUUGCACUUAAGGAUUUGAAGGAAGUAAAUGGAAUUGCUAGCCAGCCUGCAAGUGUGAAUGCGUUUGCAGUUGAUUCCUUUGAUGAACUAGAAGGUUUAGAUGAGAAGAUCUUUGAAUCUGUCUGUCCAGUAACAACUACAGUCAUGCCUACCACAACAAAACCUCGGGACACUGGAUAUGAUGUUGUAGUCUUGCUAGAUUCUUCCGUAGAUGAUAGAAGAAUAUUUAAUCAAAUGAAAGACUUUGCCACAAAUCUUGUGGAUAAUCUCAGUAUUGAUGAUGAAGAGUAUCGCAUUGGUCUCGUACGUUACAGCGGGGAUUCAGAUACAUUUGCUCAUUUAAAGGACCUCGAUACCAAACAAAAAGUAGUGGAAAAAAUUAAAGACAUUUCAUACAAACCCGGCGAAAGUAACCUACAAGAUGCUCUAGACAUUGUGAACUUCGAGAACUUCCAGGAGGACAAUGGAGACAGAGACUUUGCACGAAACUUAAUUGUUUUACUGACUGGUGUAGAUCAGAGUACGGAUCCUUAUGAGGCGUUCCGGGCAGCAGAACGUGCUGAAGAUGAGGGGAUAAACAUUUAUACCGUAGGAUUUUACAUAAACGACACAUUUGAGGUCGAUGAGGUUCCCACACAUCCACUCAGUACAUAUAGAUAUUUGAUUACAAGAAAAGAGGACAUCAAAGCAGUUCCAAGAAGGCUAGCAAAUUCGGUUGAUAAUGUACUUCGCCGUAGAAGAGACAGACUUUUACCUACGACUACAACUACGACAACAACAACCACGACAACCCCACCACGCGAUUCUGGAUAUGAUGUUGUCAUCAUGAUGGAUUCUUCAGUUCCACAGAGAAUUUUCGACUCCAUGAAAAAAUAUGCCAAAUCUCUGGUCAAUCGAUUCAACAUUGAUGAUAAAGAAUACACGGUGGGCCUUAUGAGAUAUGGAGAAUCAAACGAUAAGCAAUGGGAUCUGAAUGACUAUACUUCGAAAAAGGACAUUGUUUCUGCUGUUGAUCGUGUGGGUCAUAAAAUAGGAACAUCAUCUGAUGCAGCAAGUGCCAUUCGUAUGGUACGACGUAGAAUGUUCAAUGAAAGAAAUGGCGAUCGAGACUUCGCAAGAAAUCUCAUUUUCCUUAUGACAGCAAAUGAGAGAAGUGAUGAUAUUUAUGCCACAUGGAAUGAAGCAGAACAAGCUGAAAAAGAAAAUAUUAACUUAUACACUGUAGGUUUUGACUUAGACGAUACAACGGAAAUUAACGAGACUUCAACCCACCCUCUCUCCAUUUAUCGUCAUCUCAUUAAUACAAAGGAGGGUGAUAAUGCUAUAGACAAGUCCACUGGUGAUAUUCUCGGGUCAAUUGAUGAAGAUGUAGAACCACCAAGACCGAGACCAAAACCUACAACUACCACCACCACCACUACCACCAUGAUGCCAACUACAACAAUAAAUCAAUGUUUCGCAAAGGUGGAUUUGGUAUUCAUUCUGGAUUCGUCUACUAGCGUGGGCAACGAUAACUACGACAAAAUGAAAGUAUUCCUCAAAAAGUUCCUUCACUCUGCAAACAUAGAUGGUGGGGAGGUGAGAGUCGGUCUUGUGUCUUACAGUACCCAAGUUACUGUAGAAUUCCAGCUCAACACUUAUAAUACAAAAGCAGAGUUGUUUGAGGCCGUUGAUAAUGUUCCUUGGAGAUAUGGAAGCACAAACACCGCUGAUGGACUGAAAACAAUGCACGAAGAAAUGUUCUCGGAAGCCAAUGGUGAUAGGCCAGGUGUUCCCAACAUAUGCAUCAUCAUGACUGAUGGUGUAUCCAAUAUCAAUUAUCAAAGAACGAUUCCUGAGGCAGAAAAAGCCAGAGAAAAGGGCAUACAUAUUUAUGCCAUUGGUAUUGCACUUAAGGAUUUGAAGGAAGUAAAUGGAAUUGCUAGCCAGCCUGCAAGUGUGAAUGCGUUUGCAGUUGAUUCCUUUGAUGAACUAGAAGGUUUAGAUGAGAAGAUCUUUGAAUCUGUCUGUCCAGUAACAACUACAGUCAUGCCUACCACAACAAAACCUCGGGACACUGGAUAUGAUGUUGUAGUCUUGCUAGAUUCUUCCGUAGAUGAUAGAAGAGUAUUUAAUCAAAUGAAAGACUUUGCCACAAAUCUUGUGGAUAAUCUCAGUAUUGAUGAUGAAGAGUAUCGCAUUGGUCUCGUACGUUACAGCGGGGAUUCAGAUACAUUUGCUCAUUUAAAGGACCUCGAUACCAAACAAAAAGUAGUGGAAAAAAUUAAAGACAUUUCAUACAAACCCGGCGAAAGUAACCUACAAGAUGCUCUAGACAUUGUGAACUUAGAGAACUUCCAGGAGGACAAUGGAGACAGAGACUUUGCACGAAACUUAAUUGUUUUACUGACUGGUGUAGAUCAGAGUACGGAUCCUUAUGAGGCGUUCCGGGCAGCAGAACGUGCUGAAGAUGAGGGGAUAAACAUUUAUACCGUAGGAUUUUACAUAAACGACACAUUUGAGGUCGAUGAGGUUCCCACACAUCCACUCAGUACAUAUAGAUAUUUGAUUACAAGAAAAGAGGACAUCAAAGCAGUUCCAAGAAGGCUAGCUAAUUCGGUUGAUAAUGUACUUCGCCCUAGAAGAGACAGACUAUUACCUACGACUACAACUACAACAACAACAACCACCACGACAACCCCACCACGCGAUUCUGGAUAUGAUGUUGUCAUCAUGAUGGAUUCUUCAGUUCCUCAGAAAAUCUUUGACUCCAUGAAAAAAUAUGCCAAAUCUCUGGUCAAUCGAUUCAACAUCGAUGACAAAGAAUACACUGUUGGCCUUAUGAGAUAUGGAGAAUCAAACGAUAAGCAAUGGGAUCUGAAUGACUAUACUUCGAAAAAGGACAUUGUUUCUGCUGUAGAUCGCGUGGGUCAUAAAAUGGGAACAUCAUCUGAUGCAGCAAGUGCCAUUCGUAUGGUACGACGUAGAAUGUUCAAUGAAAGAAAUGGCGAUCGAGACUUCGCAAGAAAUCUCAUUUUCCUUAUGACAGCAAAUGAGAGGAGUGAUGAUAUUUAUGCCACAUGGAAUGAAGCAGAACAAGCAGAAAAAGAAAAUAUCAACUUGUAUACUGUUGGUUUUGACUUAGACGAUACAACGGAAAUUAACGAGACUUCAACCCACCCUCUUUCCAUUUAUCGUCAUCUCAUUAAUACAGAGGAAGGUGAUGAUGCUAUUGACUCAUCAACCAGAGAUAUUCUCGGUUUGAUUGAUGAAGAUGUCGAACCACCAAGACCGAGACCAAAACCUACAACUACCACCAUGAUGCCAACUACAACAAUAAAUCAAUGUUUCGCAAAAGUGGAUUUGGUUUUCAUUCUGGAUUCGUCUACAAGCGUAGGCAACGAUAACUACGACAAAAUGAAAGUAUUCCUCAAAAAGUUCCUUCACUCUGCAAACAUAGAUGGUGGGGAGGUGAGAGUCGGUUUUGUGUCUUACAGUACCCAAGUUACUGUAGAAUUCCAGCUCAACACUUAUAACACAAAAUCAGAGUUGUUUGAGGCCGUUGACAAUGUUCCUUGGAGAUAUGGAAGCACAAACACCGCCGAUGGACUGAAAACAAUGCACGAAGAAAUGUUCUCGGAAGCCAAUGGUGAUAGACCAGGUGUUCCCAACAUAUGCAUCAUCAUGACUGAUGGUGUAUCCAAUAUCAAUUAUCAAAGAACGAUUCCUGAGGCAGAAAAAGCCAGAGAAAAGGGCAUACAUAUUUAUGCCAUUGGUAUUGCACUUAAGGAUUUGAAGGAAGUAAAUGGAAUUGCUAGCCAGCCUGCAAGUGUGAAUGCGUUUGCAGUUGAUUCCUUUGAUGAACUAGAAGGUUUAGAUGAGAAGAUCUUUGAAUCUGUCUGUCCAGUAACAACUACAGUCAUGCCUACCACAACAAAACCUCGGGACACUGGAUAUGAUGUUGUAGUCUUGUUAGAUUCUUCCGUAGAUGAUAGAAGAGUAUUUAAUCAAAUGAAAGACUUUGCCACAAAUCUUGUGGAUAAUCUCAGUAUUGAUGAUGAAGAGUAUCGCAUAGGUCUCGUACGUUACAGCGGAGAUUCAGAUACAUUUGCAUAUUUAAAGGACCUCGAUACCAAACAAAAAGUAAUGGAUAAAAUUAAAGACAUUUCAUACAAACCCGGUGAAAGUAAUCUACAAGAUGCUCUAGACAUUGUGAACUUUGAGAACUUCCAGGAGGACAAUGGAGACAGAGACUUUGCACGAAACUUAAUUGUUUUACUGACUGGUGUAGAACAGAGUACGGAUCCUUAUGAGGCGUUCCGGGCAGCAGAACGUGCUGAAGAUGAGGGGAUAAACAUUUAUACCGUAGGAUUUUACAUAAACGACACAUUUGAGGUCGAUGAGGUUCCCACACAUCCACUCAGUACAUAUAGAUAUUUGAUUACAAGAAAAGAGGACAUCAAAGCAGUUCCAAGAAGGCUAGCUAAUUCGGUUGAUAAUGUACUUCGCUCUAGAAGAGACAGACUUUUACCUACGACUACAACUACGACAACAACAACCACCACCACAACCCCACCACGAGAUUCUGGAUAUGAUGUUGUUAUCAUGAUGGAUUCUUCAGUUCCUCAGAAAAUCUUUGACUCCAUGAAAAAAUAUGCCAAAUCUCUGGUCAAUCGAUUCAACAUCGAUGACAAAGAAUACACUGUUGGCCUUAUGAGAUAUGGAGAAUCAAACGAUAAGCAAUGGGAUCUGAAUGACUAUACUUCGAAAAAGGACAUUGUUUCUGCUGUAGAUCGCGUGGGUCAUAAAAUGGGAACAUCAUCUGAUGCAGCAAGUGCCAUUCGUAUGGUACGACGUAGAAUGUUCAAUGAAGGAAAUGGCGAUCGAGACUUUGCAAGAAAUCUCAUUUUCCUUAUGACAGCAAAUGAGAGGAGUGAUGAUAUUUAUGCCACAUGGAAUGAAGCAGAACAAGCUGAAAAAGAAAAUAUUAACUUAUAUACUGUAGGUUUUGACUUAGACGAUACAACGGAAAUUAAUGAGACUUCAACCCACCCUCUUUCCAUUUAUCGUCAUCUCAUUAAUACAGAGGAGGGUGAUGAUGCUAUUGACUCAUCCACUAGUGGUAUUCUCGGCUCGAUUGAUGAGGUCGUGGAGCCACCAAGGCCACGACCCAAGCCAACAACCACAACUACCACAACCCUUAUACCUACAACAACAAUAAACCAGUGUUUUGCUAAGGUAGACUUGAUCUUUGUAUUGGACUCUUCUACAAGUGUGGGGAAUGACAAUUACGACAAAAUGAAAGAUUUUGUCAAGAAAUUUCUCCAUGAAGCUAAUAUUGACGGUGGAGAGGUACGAGUUGGUCUUGUGUCCUACAGUACUGAUGUCACGGUGGAAUUUCAGCUGAACUCCUUCUCGACCAAAUCUGAUUUGUUUGAAGCUGUGGAUAAUGUACCUUGGAGAUAUGGAAGUACCAACACUGCUGAUGGCCUGAAAAUGAUGCAUGAGGAAAUGUUUACAGAGGUUAAUGGUGACAGACCCGGUGUUCCAAAUAUCUGCAUCAUAAUGACAGACGGUGUUUCUAAUAUCAAUUACCAAAGAACCAUUCCUGAGGCAGAAGCAGCACGGGAAAAGGGAAUUCAUAUUUAUGCAGUUGGGAUUGCUCUUAAAGAUCUAAAGGAAGUCAAUGGAAUAGCCAGUGAGCCUGCAAGUUUGAACGUAUUUUCUGUAGAUACUUUUGAUGAACUGGAAGGUCUUGACGAAAAAAUCUUCGAAUCUUCAUGUCCAGUUCCAACUACCACAGCACUGUUACUUCAUCAGUCUGGUUAUGACGUUGUUCUACUGCUAGACUCUUCAGUCCCGCCUCAAACUUAUCAGUUCAUGAAAGAUUAUGCAAAAGAUUUAGUAAAUGGAUUUAGUGUCGAAGACCAAGAGUAUCGAGUCGGCUUUAUGAGUUACAGCAGAGACGCAGAUGUUCAAUUUGACUUAAAUGAUUACAAUACGAAAGAGGACAUCAAACUUGCUAUUGACAAAGCAUCAUAUAAACCAGGGGAAACAGACACCGCAAAAGCUAUCGAUUCCGUUCGCGAAGGUAUGUUUCGCAAAUCCAGUGGUGAUAGAGAUUUUGCAAGGAACCUAAUAGUUUUACUUACCGGCCAGGAUCAGAGUAAAGACACUUAUGGUGCUUGGGCUGCUGCAGAAAAGGCGGAGGCGGAGGGAAUUAAUUUGUUCACCGUUGGUAUUAAUCUGAACGAUACAACCGAAAUAGACGAAUUGUCAACUCAUCCUCUAAAGACUUACAGACAUCUCAUAAACACCUACUCACCUCCUGCCCAAAUUAACCGAACUGCCAAUGACAUUCUUGGAGUUAUUGAUGACGAGGUGCAACCCGAAAGACCGAGACCAAAACCAACAACGCCUCCAGCUCCGGGAGAGUGCUUCCAGAGAGUAGACUUAGUGUUUGUUUUGGAUUCAUCUACAAGUGUGGGAAACGAGAACUUUGGGAAAAUGCUGGAUUUUGUGAAAAACUUCCUACAAGCUGCCAACAUAGACGGAGGUGAAGUUAGAGUUGGCAUUGCGACGUAUAGUACCGGGGCCAGAAUAGAAUUUAAUUUGAAAGACUACACUAAUAAAAAUGAUUUGUUUAAAGCUGUUGAUAAUAUUUCCUGGCAGUACGGCAGCACAAAUACAGCCGAUGCACUACUCAUGAUGCAUGAUACCAUGUUCACAGCCAUAAAUGGCGACAGAGCAGAUGUACCAAACAUCUGCAUUGUUAUCACUGACGGUGUGUCAAACAUUAACUACGGUAGAACCAUACCCGAAGCUGAAGCUGCCCGCAAGAAGGGUAUUCAUAUCUAUGCUGUUGGUAUCGGUCUACAAGAUUUAAAUGAAGUUAACGGUAUCGCAAAUAAGCCAUCCAGUGAAAAUGCCUUCUCUGUAAACAACUUUGAUGAAUUAGAAGGUCUAGAUGAAACAAUAUUUGAAGCAGCCUGCACAGCUUGUGGCUUUGAGAAGGUGGAUUUGGUCAUCAUUCUGGAUUCCUCAACGAGUGUCGGUCAAGACAACUUCCAGAAAAUGCUGGAUUUCUGCAAAGAUUUCCUGAAAAAUUCUGACAUCGAUUCUGGGAGUGUUCGAGUAGGAAUUCUUAGCUACAGCACAGCGGUGCACGAUCACUUCUUUUUAAAUGCUUAUAACACUUCUACAGACAUUUUCAAUGCUAUUGACAAUAUUCCUUGGAUUUUUGGAAGUACUAAUACAGCUGACGCAAUCAGAGAUAUGAGACUGAAGUAUUUCUCAUUCGCAAAUGGUGAUAGAUGGGACGCGCGAAACAUUGCUGUUAUUCUUACUGAUGGUGUAUCUAAUAUCAAUGCGUAUAGAUUGCAAGAUGAGGCUUCACAGGCCAGGGACGAUGGCAUACAUAUUUAUGCAAUAGGCAUUGGAUUGAGUGAUGUAACUGAAUUAAAUCAAAUAGCGUCCGUACCUGCCUCUGAAAACACAUUUAUUGUAAAUAACUUUGAUGAACUGAAAGACUUGGAUGAGCGGAUCUUUAGAUCUUUGUGCCCUGUAUCAUCACCUAGGCCAACCAGAAGAACCACAAAGGUCACCACCAUCGAACCCACUACAACUUUUACUAGAAGAACAACAACAACUCCGAUUCCAACAACAACAGAGAGAUCCACCGGAUAUGAUGUUGUAAUAUUGCUUGAUUCUUCUGUCGAUCGACGCACAUUCGAUUUCAUGAAAAAAUAUGCUAGUAAUCUUGUAGAUAAACUAAGCGUUGAUGAUGAAGAAUACAAAGUUGGUGUUCUGAGAUAUAGCACUAACCCCGAUGUACAGUUUGAGCUUAACAGAUAUGAUAAUAAAGCUUCCAUCAAGAAUCGUAUUAACAGAAUCCAAUAUCGGCGCGGUCGCACAAACACGGACAGAGCAUUUGAUGCAGCAAGGCAGAGGAUGUUUACGCCCAGAAAUGGAGACAGGGGUUUUGCUAGAAAUUUGAUAGUUCAUAUAACAGGCAAUGAUAGAAGUUCUGAUAUAUAUGACACUUGGGCUGCAGCAGAGCGUGCAGAGAAAGACGACAUCAACAUUUAUACUGUUGGCAUCAACCUUCAGGACUUGACGGAAAUAAAUGAAUUAUCCUCCUAUCCGUUAGACACAUAUAGAACACUGAUAGACACCAGCAUGGACCAGCCUCAAGUGGAUAGAUCACUUACUAGUCUUAUUCGAACAAUCGAUGAAGAUGUCGAACCCUGGAGACCGCGACCCAAACCGACAACAACAACCUCUACAACUACCACAACAACAACUCCAAGGACCACAGGAAAAGACUUGAUUUUUAUGUUAGACUCCUCGGUCCCUCCAGAGAUCUUUAAGUGGAUGCAAUCAUAUGUGGCUAAUAUGGUUCAGGACAUGAAUAUAGACAAUGAAGAAUACAGAGUAGGGUUGAUGAAAUUCGGUACCAAUCCUAGCCUAGAAGCGCAUCUUAACCGAUAUAAGGAUAAGGAUAGUGUGUUGAGAGCAGUGAAACGUAUUGGAUACACCCCAGGAAGAACAAAUACAGAUAGAGCCAUUAAUUAUGUCCGCCAAAGUAUGUUUGUACCUUAUAGAGGCGAUCGAAACUUUGCUAGAAAUAUUGUUGUACUACUCACAUCAAACGACAAGAGUGCUGAUACGUAUCGUACCUGGGCCGCAGCAGAGACGGCGGAGAAAUCAGGGAUCAAUUUUUUUACUGUCGGCAUUAACUUAAAUGACACCACAGAAAUUGACGAGCUAUCCACGCAUCCUUUGUCGACAUACAGGCAUCUCGUUAACACUGAUAUGAAUGACAGACAGGUGAACGAUUCCGUUAACAGAGUUUUGGGACUAGUUGAUGAGGAUAUCGAACCACCAAGACCUCGACCAAAACCGACAACACCACCACCAGUAACUACUCCAGAGCCACUGAAGAGAGGACAAGAUAUCGUGGUUAUCAUGGAUUCCUCUGUAAAACCCGAGCAGUUCCGGUCAUUCAAAAACUUUGUCAAAUAUCUGGCGGAAAAUGUAAACGUUGAUAGCGGUGAAGUUCGUAUUGGAGUUAUGAGCUACAGCACGCGACCAAGUGUUCAAUGGCAGUUAAAUGCUUACGAUAAAAAAGACAAAAUUAUUCGCGCAGUGGAUAGAAUAGGUUACAGAGCCGGGGAUAGAAACACUGCUAGGGCAAUAAACGAAGCCAAAAACUACAUGUUCACCAGGAGGAAUGGAGACCGAAGUUUCGCAAGAAACUUCAUCAUUCUUCUAACUGGUGAAAAAGAGAGCACCGAUCGAUACGAUGCUUACGAAGCCGCAUAUCAGGCAGAAAGAGAUGGUAUCAACUUAUUUACAGUCGGGUAUUAUCUGGAUGAUACCACAGAAGUAAGCGAAAUUGCUACCUAUCCUCUACGAACAUACCGUCAUUUGGCAACUCGAGAGAGCGAUCUUCUGGAAGUUCCUGGAAUAUUACAAUUUGCACUGAAAGACAUGGGAGACGCCCCAGAACGCGCACGCAGACGACCUCAAAGACCUACUACUUUGCCCCCACCCACUACAACAAGAAGACCUGGUGAUUGCAGAGGACAGGGAGAUAUUGUUUUUAUUCUGGACACUUCCGGUAGUGUUGGCCAAGACGGAUUCCAGAAAGUUUUGAACUUUACCUAUACAGUUAUUUCUGACCUUGACAUUGACAGUGGAAAUUUCCGGGUAGCUGUUAUAACAUUUAGCGAUUGGCCAAACUUGGAGUUUGACCUCUCUGAGUAUAGUACAAGGGCAGAGGUAGAAAGUGCGUUACAACGAGUGGAUUACGUCUAUGGGUCAACACACACCUCCUCUGCUCUCCGCCUUGCCAGGGAACGGGUAUUUAUAUCGACAGCAGGAGACCGAGUUGAUGUUCCGAAUGUUGUAAUCACCAUUACUGAUGGUGAAUCUAAUAUUAAUCCCGAGGAUACGAUCCCAGAGGCCUUACUGUUAAAGAGAACCGGAGCCACCUUGUUAACGGUGGCAGUUGGAUACACACACCGUGAAGAAGAACUGAUAGGUCUGACAACACCUCCUGUUAAAGAAAACCUACUCCGUGUAGAAAACUUUGAUGCCCUGCAUAGUUUCAGUUCUACACUGGUCAACCCACUGUGCAAUGAUGCAAACACUUGUGCCACUAAGCCUUGUCAAAACGGCGCCUUCUGUAUAGACGGCAUUGGAUCGUAUCAGUGUGUGUGUACAAAUGGCUACCAUGGGAAAAACUGUGACCAAAAAUGUGGAAAUCCAGCAGAUGUCGUGUUUGUCAUGGAUUCUUCGGAUGGUAUCGGAGAAUAUACUUUUAGGCGUAUUAAAGGGUAUGUUGACUACCUUGUUCGAGAAAUGAACAUUGAAGAAUGUGACAUUAGGGUCGGUGCCAUGAAAUACAGUUCGUCCCCCAUGAUACAAUUUGGCAUUGGUCAGUAUAGAGACACCAACACUAUUACAAGAAUGGUCGACCAUAUUGGUUACACCAGAGGAAAAGCAAACAUGGCGGGUGCAUUGAGAAGCCUCCGCACGAAUAUGUUCAAUGGUAACGGAGACCGACCAAAUGUGAAGAACGUUGCCUAUCUCAUAACAGACGGGUCUGUAGAAGUUAACGAGGAUACAACAAUGCAGGAGGCAGAAUUGACCAUUGGAUCUGAUAUUCAGAUUGUUCCCUUAACAGUAGACAUGCAGAGGCGAGAUGAGGUGGAAAGCAUCGCGCUGGCUCAAGGGAUAAAAGCGAUGGAAAUUGAAGACGAUGCCAAGCUUUAUGAAAUGCGAGAUGAGGUUUUGGAUCCAAUCUACGAUAGCAAUGACUACUGCGCUGACAGUCCUUGCAGAAACGGAGGACAAUGCAGAAACAACAAUGGAGGAUUUCUUUGUGAAUGUAAACCUGGCUUUUCCGGAGAUCUCUGCCAAAAGAGAUGUCCAUCUACGGGAGACAUUGUUUUUGCUGUUGAUGCAUCUAGAUAUGUAAGUCGAAAAGAGCUCAGGGAUAUGAAAAAGUUCAUUAAGCAGCUCGUAAGAAGAAUGGCUUUCCGUAGAACUGGUUUCCGCGUCGGAAUUGUGCAGUUCGCCGGAAGUGCUAUGGUGCGAGUUGAUUUAAGGGAGGGUUUGAAGAAGAGAAAUGUAAAUUCAGCAGUAUCUGGAAUACGACGUCAAGGUUCAGACCCUGUGCCAAUGGAAGCUCUUCGUAAAGCACGAAUAAGGAUUUUCGGAACACCUUCUGACCGUUCCAAUGUACAAAAUACCAUUAUCUUUAUUACAAAGAGCAUGCGCAAAGAGAAUGAACUCAUUAGAGAGGCUGGAAAACUAAAAAUGGAGGGAACUAAUAUUAUUGGAAUUGGAAUUGACCUUUCAGAAUCGGAUAAAAAGUUCCUUAAGACUGCUGUAUCGCCACCGAUGCUGGCCAACGCACAUUUCCUUUCAAAUGGCGAUAGCUUGACAAGUCUUACUGAUACUAUUAUGACGUAUCUUUGCAAUGAGAACACUGCCUGUAGUGACAAUCCUUGUCAGAACAAUGGAACAUGUACAAGUUUAUCGAGUACGGAAUACACAUGUACAUGUACCAAAGGAUUCGCUGGAAAGAACUGUGAAGAAAUUAAUGAUAAUGUUGCCGAUAUCGCCUUCCUCGUGGAUGCUUCCGGGAGCGUUGGAAUAGACAAUGUUGACCGAAUGAAAGAAUUCGUUUACUCAUUGGUGGAAAAAAUAUCUAUCGGUCAAACAGACAAUCAUGUUGCCCUUGUCUCCUACAGCUCAGAGCCUCAAAUGGGAUUCUAUCUUAACAGCUUCUUCACCAAAAAGGAAGUUAUGAACGCAAUAUCGGCCAUGCAGUACAGAUACGGGAGUACAAAUACAGCCGCUGGACUGAGAAUGAUUCGACAAGAAAUAUUUAACCUUAACAAUGGUGACAGACCUAGCGCUCCAAACACUUUAAUUUUGAUCACGGACGGUAACUCUAAUAUUAAUGCUGACGACACUGUACCUGAGGCUCUUCGAUUGAGGGAACAAGGAGUUCAUGUAUUUGUUGUCGCCGUCGACUUUUCUGGAGAUAUGGAGAGACAGGAAAUUGACGACAUUGCCUCUCAGCCUGCGUCUGAAAACGUUUUUUGGGUCAAUGAUUAUUCUGCACUUCCGGGUGUAGGGGGCGCUAUUUUCAACAAAAUGUGUUCACCAGACAUGAACAAAGACAUAUGUGACACCAAUGAAAUAAAAUGUAAACAUGGCGGUCGUUGUGUGUCUGCUGCUGUAACCGGAACUUACAGGUGUGAAUGCAUCCCAGGAUUCACUGGAGCUCUUUGUGAGAUUGCAUGCUCAAACAGCUUCGAUAUUGCCAUUGUUGUUGAUUCCUCUUCGAGUGUUGGGCCAGAAAACUUCCGACUGAUCAAGAAUUUCACCAGUUCUGUCGUGGAAAAGAUGCACAAAAUUUCCAGAAACAACAGGUUCGCCAUGAUUACCUUUAAUCAGGAGGUCAAGAUUGUGUUCAGUUUUAGUCGUUAUUCUGCUCUGUCUGCGAUGACUACUGCGAUAGAAGGUGUGAGGUACAAACCCGGAGGUACCAAUACGGCGCUGGCUUUAAGGACCGCUCACGGUCUGCUGCAGAAUGACUUUGGCGCCAGACGGUCAGCAAAGAACGUGGUGAUCCUAAUAACGGACGAAGGGUCAAAUAUUAACGCAACUGAGACCCUCCCGGCAGCGAGGGAAUUAAAGGAUGACGGCACCCACGUCAUCGCUAUAGGAAUCGGUUUGGACACAGCUGGACAGCUGGCAGCACAAGAAAUCAAGGACAUCGCGUCCGCAGACGAUAAAGAUCUGAUAAAACUGAACAGUUACAGUGCCUUGAGAGGAAUCGAGAGUGACGUCAUUAAUCAAAUGUGCGAAUUCGGUGAAGAUGAUGGAAACUAGCAUUAUAAAUUGUUUAAUUUCAUUCCAUGUAGGGUAACUUUAACAAAUUACAUAUGUUUUGUAAAAUAUGAAUCUAAGCAGCAGAUGUUUUGCAGCAUAUUUUACGUGGUUGUAAUAUAAUGUACCAUACCAAGUCAAAAUAUACAGUGUACAUGUAUUUCAACUCAUAUUUAUAUCAAUGAACUCUUUAUAUAUACCUAGUUGUAUUUAUCUGAAGUGCCAUUUGGUAGUCUUUUUAGUGGUUAACAAGUGUUUGUGGACAGUGGUUUGGUUACAUCAAAUAUAUUCUUUUAAUAUUGUCACAUAUAUAUAUUUUUUUAUUUACUGACUAACAAACAGUAUUAAAGAAUGCAUGAUAUAAGAGUGGGAUUUUUGUUUAUUGUUUUGUAUCAUAAAGAAAAAUGUUUUUGAGUCUAACGAAUGAUAGAGAAAUCAAGUUUUGCAAAAGUGUUCAACUUUGCACUAUAUAGCUUUGUAAUAAAAAAUAUUUUUUAUGA